UAUAACAAGAAUAAACAUUUUGAAAAUACAAAAAUCGCUAAGCAAUGAAUAUUAAAAUAAUAACAAUAUUAUUUGCUAGUAUCCUGGCAUUAUCCUGUGGAAGUGAUCUAUCAGACUUCACUACAAAUGUAGAGAAAUCAACAAAAACCCUAGGUGGUAUUAAUUGUUUGACUGAAGCUGCAUUUAGUGUAGAGAAUGUUGCCAACGAUUUUAUCUAUGACAUUGAAAUCUGUAAUGCUAAAGCAUCCGCGGUUGUUACUAAAUUGAAUAAUUACUCUAAAACUAUUACCCAUAAAACUGCAAAAGUAAUUGACGCUGAUGAUAAUAUUUGCAACAAUGCUGCUUAUGAUGAUGCUGAUGCUAGUGAUAUCCCCUCUACAGCUUGUACUAAUAAAAUGAAUACGCUGAUGGGCAAUCUUUAUACAGCUGUUUCAGAUACUAUCAUUUAUUUAGCUACAAAUCCAGCAAUUGCAGAUAGUUGCAGUGAAAUUGCAGCAAAUACAUUAAAAUUAAAUUUGCCUAUUCUUACUGAAGCAGUUAAAAUGUGUGGUAGUACAUCAUUUUAAUAAUGGAAAUGUUUAUAAAAUUUUUUUAAAUGUUUAAUUAACAUUUUUAUUAAAUAAACGAGAAGCAUAAAAAAUA